AUGGCCCCUCUGCAGGAAGCGAUGCACGAUCUGCUCGACAGGCAACUUCCCAUCGCUGUCCCAAUAGAAAUCAUUUAUGGAUUGGCAGCGAACGCGUUGGAUGCCGAGCCCGUGGCGGGAAUAUUCAGCGCUAAAGGCCGGCCAGCUGACAACUCGCAGAUCCGAACGCCUCUGGCCGCCAUUGGGGGCAAGAUCCGGCUUAUACUGGACGGAGGCGCGUGCGACGUCGGUGUCGAGUCUACCGUCGUGGACGGGCUACCUUCACCAGGAGUGAUAAAGGUCCUCCGUCCAGGUGGACUGACUGUCGAGGAGCUCCAGCGAGUCCUGGGCCCGGGGACGAAGGUCCUCGUCCACAAACGGGAUUAUGAAGAUCCGGAGAUCGAGCAUGUGCCCACGACGCCGGGGAUGAAGUACCGACACUAUUCGCCCACCACUCCUGUCGUGCUCCUGCUCCGGACUCCGCCGCCCGAAGGGAAGAAGGCAGAAACGAUACACGAUAUCCUCGAUGAGCUGUCGCCCCAGCAGGAAGAUUUCAGAGUUGGCGUACUCGCUUUCUCCAACUCGCCGAUCACGUUGGCAUGUAUAACGACGCACUACCACACGCACCGGUACUCCCUGGGCAAUCGGAACGAGCCUUCUGAGGCUGCGCAUAGGCUGUUUGAUGGCCUGUUAACGCUCGAUGCGGAGGGAGUGGAUGUCAUCCUUGUAGAAGGGGUGGAGGAGGACAGAGAAGGGUUGGCGGUGAUGAACAGGCUGAGGAAGGCGGCGGGGGAAGUAAGAUAUAUAUGGGGAUAGAGUGAUGUGGAAACACGUGACAAUGUAC